CAGCGGUUCCGAAGAGAUCAGUCUGUCUCGAUUUCUCUCAUAGAGCAGCACUGGCAGCUAUCGCGCGCAUCCGUGCCGGGAUACGACAGUUUUCAUACGGGCAUUCGCUGGCGGGAAUCUCGGCUGUAUUUAUCAAGGCUUGUAGCGUUAGAAUAGUGCUUUUAUUUGUGAUGCUCAUAUUCUGAAAGUUUAAUGCGUUAUCUUGUUGAUACGAGUUUAUGUAUAUUAGUAGUUGUCUGACAGUUGGGGUUAAUUGGAUGUUCACCCCAUAACCUUUUUAAAUAGGCGGAUAGUUAAAGAAUAAAUUAAAGUCUAAUGGUAGCAGUACAACGGCAGAACUCAGGUUGUUUAGUCUUUUAGGUGUAACAUUGUGAUACGUUCAUCUUUAUUUAAAACAAAGUCGCAGAACGGCAUUAGACAUGAUGAUGAACAUUGCUGUGGAGUUUUUCGUGGUCAUUCUGAAAGUUCUCUGGGCCAUCGUGAUGGCCGGACUCAAGUGGCUCAUACGGCCGAAGGAGAAGAGCGUAGCGGGACAGGUGUGCUUGAUCACCGGGGCGGGCGGCGAACUUGGGCGGCUCUUCGCCAAGGAGUUCGCCCGGCGCCGGGCUACACUGGUGCUGUGGGACAUCAACAGCCACAGCAAUGAGGAGACUGCGGAGAUGGUGCGACAGAUCUACAGAGAGCAAGACAGUCCGAUGCCAAAAGAGGGAGCUGUUGGUGGUGUGGAAGAGGUCCCUCCGUUUCAGCCGCAGGUGUAUACGUACGUGGUUGAUGUGGGCAAGAGGGAGAGCGUGUAUUCCACAGCAGAGAAAGUACGCAGAGAGGUCGGUGAAGUGGACUUGUUGAUCAACAACGCUGGUGUUGUGUCCGGCCACCACCUGCUGGAGUGCCCCGAUGAGCUGAUCGAGAGGACCAUGGUGGUGAACUGCCAUGCACACUUCUGGACCACCAAGGCAUUUCUUCCCAAGAUGCUAGAGAUGAACCAUGGCCACAUUGUGACAGUUGCCAGUUCACUGGGACUUUUCAGCACAGCUGGUGUGGAGGAUUACUGCGCUAGCAAGUUCGGUGCCAUCGGCUUCCACGAGUCCCUGAGCCACGAAAUCAAGGCUUCGGAGAAGGACGGUAUCAAGAUGACGCUGGUGUGUCCUUACCUGGUGGACACGGGCAUGUUCAGAGGAUGCAGAAUAAGGAAAGAGAUUGAGCCGUUUCUCCCUCCAUUGAGACCAGAGUUCUGUGUGAAACAGUCUAUGAGGGCCAUCCUGACAGACCAGCCCAUGAUCUGCACGCCUCGCAUUGUAUACAUGGUCAACUUUAUGAAAAGCAUUUUGCCCUUCGAAGCAAUCGUGUGUAUGUACCGGUUCCUGGGUGCAGAUAAGUGCAUGUACCCCUUCCUGGCUCAGAGGAAAGAGGCGAUGAACAACAAUGAGGCAAAGAAUGGGAUCUAGAGCGUGCCGUUUCUAACCCGCAAAGGGUACAUUUCUAACCCGCAUGAGGAUAAGACCACUGAGAGGGCAGAAGGAAGUGAAAAGACUGCGUUUAGACUGGUGCACUUGCAUUUGGCAGAUGCAAAGGUUUACCAUAUUGUUCCUCUGGAACAAAGAAAGCUGUGUACUACACUAAGGAUUUAUUUGUUGAUUUAUGUGUUGUCUUUUUAAAGGUUUGUUUAAUGAAACCAUCCAUCUAUAUACUGUGUCAAUAGUUUUGAAAUCAUACAUGAGCUAUUCAGUAAUUAACUAUUUACGUAAUGUAGUCACCAGCAUUAUCUAGCGUCUUUGUGAAACUAUACAGUAUGUUACUGUACGAACAGUAAAUUCUUGUCACUUUUUUGUUUUGUCUGUGUGUAGACAUGCACUGUAUUUACUUUCCUCUACACUGCCAACAUUAUCUACACCAUUUAAUGUGGCACAACGCCACUCCGUCCCCAAUUCGAUCCAUUUAAAGGCAGCGGCAGGAGAUCAUGUGUCCGAAAGGGAACCAUGUGAUGUUACAGAUGAAAUAUUUUGCAUUGUAUUCCCCCCCCUCCUCAUUUCUUUUUGUUGACAUCAUGAGAAGUGGGUAAAACGCUGGUCUGUUUCCAGCUGCUGGUGGGAAGGAAGUGUAUUUUUUUACUCUUUAAGACAGAGGCUUAUGGUAUUUUGUAUAUGUCAAUGUCAAUCAAAAGGGAUGGCCUGAUUUUCUUCUGUCAAUGAAUAUUAUAUUCAGUAUGUUCCCCAUUUUGAACUUGCGCAUCAACUUAAUACUGUUUUUGGUCACAUAACAUUUUUUUUUUUUUAAAUAAUUGAUUCAUUAUGCAAUUUCUAAAAUGAAUUUGAAAUUGAAUUGAUUGACAGUUUCAGUCAAUAACAUGAGGAUGCUGUCAUCAUCUGAAUAUGAUGCAUUUUCGAUGUACACACACAUUUGUUCAUUUAAUGUUUUUCCUUUUUGUUUAUGCAAACCUGAACCAUUGAGUUUCCACAGAUAUGUUAUAUGUUUAGGCAAAAAAUGACAAAACACAUGAGUUUAAACUACAUUCCAAUAGGCAUGUGAUGAGCCUAAAAUCUCUACCUCUUCAUUUUUGCCAUUUGUUAACAGUAUGACAUAAAUACUCUUUUUGUAACUUUCCUAAAGAGUGCUCUAUAUAGGAGCACACAACAUGGUUCCAAUGUUUAGUGUCUCUACCUAACUUAAAUUAAUAAAAUGAUUUAGAUUA